GCAUUUCCUUUCAGGUGAAGCAGCUUCUCCCGAUGAGCUGAGCGGGCCGACAUGGACCUUUGUCCGUUGAUUUUUUUCUUUUUGCUAGCAAGUCUGGCUUCUUCCCGAGGUCAGAAUUUUGGAUGCAACCAAGGCCAGUGGCAGUGUGAUGAUGGCAGCUGCAUCCCUGAUAUCUGGAGAUGUGAUGGAGAGGGAGACUGUUUGGAUGGAUCUGAUGAAAUGGAUUGCACAGCACAGGCAGGCUCUCCUGAAUGUCCACCUGGUCAGUUCCCUUGUCUGGACUCUGUCGGCUGUGUUGAUUCGUCGGCUCGCUGUGACGGAAAAAUUCAAUGUCCUACUGGCUCUGAUGAGGAGAACUGUAAAGUUCCUGAGGCCUGCUUGGAGACUGACUGGACCUGUCGAAACAACAUCUGUAUCCCCAAAGAGCUGCACUGCAAUGGACAGAAUGACUGCCUGGAUAACUCUGAUGAGGACAACUGUGGUCUGUGCAGUGAGGAUGACAUAAUGUGCCCUGGUGGGGCAUGUCUGCCUGCUGAACAAAGGUGUGAUGGGACAAUUCAAUGCUCAGAUGGCAAUGAUGAGCCCAUAACCUGCGGUCGCAUUUGCUCAAAGAACAAUGGAGGCUGUAGUCAUGUGUGUGUUGACGAAGUCUGGGGAGCUCUGUGUGCCUGUCCUGAUGGAUUUAAGCUCUCUGCUAAUGGAGCAGUCUGUGAAGAUUUAGAUGAAUGUGCCCAACAGUUCCCUCCCUGUAUGCAUCACUGCACUAACACCAUUGGAUCCUUUUAUUGCCACUGCAGAGACGGCUUCAAACUGAACGGAAACUCUACAUGUGUAGCAUCAGGUAAUUCUGCCAGAUUACUAACAUUACAGAGGAAAUCUAUUGGGCUGCUGCAUGUUGAGUCUCAACAGUUUGAAGUUAUCCAGGCAGCAGUGCUUGAUGCAGUGGCCUUAACUUAUGAUGUUGCCCAAGGCUGGUACUAUUGGGCUGACAACCAAGGCAGCAUUUACAAAAGUGAUGGACAGAAAAAGUCAACUAUCUAUACUGGGGAACCUGGAAUCAAGAGUCUAGCUUCUGAUUGGCUGAAUGGAAACCUAUUCUGGACAAAUCAGAAGACAGAAUCAAUCUACAUGCAGGCAUCUGAUGGGGAAAGUUACACCUCUGUGUUGAGAAAAGGCAUCAGGCCAUCAGAGUUGGUGCUUUUACCUGUAGAGAGCUCAAUGUUUUGGAUCAAUGCUGGCCUUGGAGACAGAGUAACUAUAGAGAAAUCAUGGAUGGAUGGGUCAGGAGGAAGCUCUCUGAUUGUUCUCACUGCUCAGUCUCCCCACAGCCUCACUGCUGACGUGGCUGCCAGGAGGCUGUACUGGAUCAGCGACUUCAAGAAGUCAAUAGAGACGGUGAAGGUGGAUGGGACAGGCCGUUAUUCCUUCACAGGACUCUUCAACAAGAGGCCUGCUCUUAGUCUGGCUGUUUUUGAAAGCUCCUUUUACUGGGUGGAUGACAAAGGACUCUGGAAGGUUCCACAGAAACAACCAAGCCAGAAAAAACUCAUCUGGAAAGCUGCACUGCCAUUAUUAGCCAUUUACCAUGAGCUACAGCAGCCCCAAGGUUCUUCUGCAUGUACCAAGACUCCAUGUCAACUCUGCCAGCUAACUAAAGGCAACCCAAUGGGAUUCACCUGCGCUUGUCCAAACUCUAAAGUGCUACUACUGGAUGGGGCAUGUGAAUAUCCUAGGUUUGUUUAUGCUAGCAUUAACAGCAUCAACAUGUUGGAGUUCAGAGAUACUGAGUCCGCUAUAACCCAGCUGUUUUCCUCUGAUGAUGGCAUCCUUUCUUUUGAUGUGGACUGGUACAGAGACUGGCUUUACUGGGUUAAUAAAACUGGGCAUAUCCAACGUACCAGUUUAACCCAGGUCAAGACAGAGGUGGUCCAAACCCCUUUGCCAGUUUGUCUGAUAAAAGUGGACCAGAGAAAAGGGAACACUUAUUGGGUGUCAUGUGACCAAAAAAGAAUUGGCACCAUCACAUCUGACAAUCGCUACCCCCAGCAGCUCUACCAUACAACAAUGAGCAUCCGUGAUCUGUAUCUGGACUGGCUCAGGGGUGGCCUUCUGUGGCUUGAAGAUGAUCAGAUCCUAAGCAUGAGCAUGAUGGGAGGCAAAGCCAAAGAGGUGCUGCACCUAACACCCAGAGGAGUCAGAGGGAAUAUUGUCUUUGACCUCAGGGCCAGUAGUUUGCUGUGGAACUCAAAAAGCGCAGGUCUGACAACAUUAAGUUUGGUUCACGAAAGAAGCCACCAAGCUGGUAGAAGGUGGAACAUUUCAGGCUCAGUUAUAGCUGCUUUUGAGCCCUUCCUGUUGUCACGUUCUGAUGAUGUCAUUUCUCUUUGGGAUCGGCGUGAUGGAAGCCCCAUCAAAGACAUAACUGUCGGAGGACCUGUAUUCAGUGUAAUUGCUGCACUAGAUGACAUUGGUAGAGUGCCUGAUACUCCGUUAUGCAGUGAACCCUCGGUGCUGUGUCGACAUACAUCAAUUUGUCUUGCACAAAGCCAGCUGUGUGAUGGAAAGAAGGACUGUCCUGAUGGAGACGAUGAAGACUUUUGUGUGACCACGUGUGCAUCUAAAGAGGAUUUCAAGUGCAAGGACCAAAGAAGUUGUGUCCCAAGAAAUCUUGUGUGUGAUGGUCGUUCUCAUUGUCGGGAUGGCUCUGAUGAAUUUGACUGUCCAACUGUAGCCUUAGUUGCAGCUCGCACAAACCUGCUUAAAUGUCGCACAGGCUCAAAGCUGUGUCAGGAUGGCACUGAGUGUGUUUUAUACAGCCAUGUGUGUGAUGGGGAAAAUGACUGUCAGGAUGGAUCCGAUGAACAGGGAUGUGAUGCCAAAGAACAGAUCAUGACACCAUCAAACAAGAUGCCUCCUGCUACCAAACCUCCUCUUCCAGCUGUACCAGCUUGCAGCAGCCCUUCAGUGCUUUGUCCCCGUUCUUCAGUUCACAUCUGCAUUCCUCCAAGUCAGUUUUGUGACGGUCACAGAGACUGCCCUGAUGGUUUUGAUGAACAGAACUGUGUGAAAAGAUGUCCCUCAAAAAAUGACUUUCGCUGUAAAGACCGCCGCAGUUGCAUAUCCAGGAGUCUGGUGUGUGACGGGCGCUCUCAUUGCAAUGAUGGCUCUGAUGAGCUCAACUGUCCAGGUGUAGCUUCUCCUGCAUCCCGAGCAAUUGGUUUAAAGUGCCGCAUGGGCUCAAAGCCAUGCAACGAUGGCACGGAGUGUGUUCUCCUCAGUCACGUUUGUGAUGGAGAAAGGGACUGCCGGGAUGGAUCAGAUGAACUACAAUGUGACAUGGUUCCUACAGUUCUUGCAGAAACUGUCCACUCAAAUGAUCCUCCUGCAACAACUGAGCUCAUUACACAGCAUCCCACCCAGCCACCCUGCAUCAGUCCUUCAGUUCUGUGUCCAGGUUCUUCUUUGUGCAUCAAACCAAUACAGUAUUGUGAUGGAAAAAGAGACUGCCCUGAUGGAUCUGAUGAAAACUGUCUGAGAAAAUGCCCCUCCAGGUCUGACUUUCUCUGCAAGGACCAUCGGAGCUGUGUUUCAAAGAAAAUGGUAUGUGAUGGCCGCUUUCAUUGCAAUGAUGGCUCAGAUGAGCUCAACUGUCCAGGCGUACCUUCUCCUGCAGCUCAGGUGAAUAGCUUGAGAUGUCGCAUGGGCUCAAAGCCAUGUAAUGAUGGCACAGAGUGUGUUCUCUUCAGCCAUGUGUGUGAUGGUGAGAGGGACUGCAGGGAUGGAUCAGACGAACAAGGAUGCGAAAAUCUUCCCCUGUACAAGUCACCUACAACUGUCAACCCCCCUUCUGAGCCCCCAACUCAGCCCACCUGCAUCAGUCCUUCAGUUUGGUGUCCAGGUUCAUCUUUAUGUAUUAGGCAAACACAGUUUUGUGAUGGAAAAAGGGAUUGUCCUGAUGGAUAUGAUGAGAACUGUCUGAGAAAAUGCCCUUCCAGGUCUGACUUUCUCUGCAAGGACCGUCGGAGCUGUGUUUCAAAAAAAGUGGUUUGUGAUGGCCGCUCUCACUGCAAUGAUGGCUCAGAUGAGCUCAACUGUCCAGGUGUAGCUUCUCCUGCAGCUCAGGCGAAUAGCUUGAGAUGUCGCAUGGGCUCAAAGCCAUGUAAUGAUGGCACAGAGUGUGUUCUCUUCAGCCACGUGUGUGACGGAGAGAGGGACUGCCAGGAUGAAUCAGAUGAACAGGGAUGCGAAAAUCUAUCCUUGAUUAAGUCAUCUGCAACUGUCAAGCCCCCAACCCUGCCAUCCUGCACCAGUCCUUCAGUUCAGUGUCUAGGUUCCUCUUUAUGUAUUAAGCCAGCACAGUUUUGUGAUGGAAGAAGAGACUGUCCUGAUGGAUCUGAUGAGAACUGUGUGAAGAGAUGUCCUGACAGGACUGAUUUCCGAUGCAGAGACCGGCGGAGCUGUGUCUCAAAGAAACUGGUCUGUGACGGUCGCUCUCAUUGCCAUGAUGGCUCGGAUGAGUUAAACUGUCCAAGCGUUGCUACUGCUGCUCUACAGGCAAAUGCUCUGAAGUGUCGCAUGGGCUCCAGGCUGUGCAGAGAUGGUACAGAAUGUGUACUUUUCAGUCACAUCUGUGAUGGAGAAAGAGACUGCAGGGAUGGAUCAGAUGAAGAAGGAUGUGAUGCUAGAGAGAUGGUGGCCUCCACUAAUUCAGAAAAUCUCAGUUUAUAUGAAGCCUCCUCACUUGUCACAGAACCUCCCACCCAGCCACCCUGCACCAGUCCUUCAGUUUUGUGUCCAGGUUCUUCUGUGUGCAUCAAACCAACACAGUUUUGUGAUGGAAAAAGAGACUGCCCUGAUGGUUCUGAUGAGAACUGUCUGAGAAAAUGUCCCUCCAGGUCUGAUUUUCUCUGCAAGGACCGUCGGAGCUGUGUUUCAAAGAAACUUGUGUGUGAUGGCCGUUCUCAUUGCAAUGAUGGCUCAGAUGAGUUCAACUGUCCAGGCAUAGCUUCCUCUGCAGCUCAAGCAAAUAACUUAAAGUGUCGCGUGGGAGCAAGGCCAUGUAAUGAUGGCACAGAGUGUGUUCUCUUCAGCCAUGUGUGUGAUGGAGAGAAGGACUGUAUGGAUGGUUCUGAUGAACAAGGAUGCCCAGAAACCUGCAAGAAAGGCGAGUUCCAGUGUUCCCAUGGAAAGAUGUGUAUCCCUGCAGCCCUGGUAUGUGAUGGUAAGUCGCAGUGUCGGGACCAGUCUGAUGAACUGAACUGCAGGCAGCAAACCAAAAGCUGCGAGUUUCACUGUGCAGACGGAAAACGUUGCAUCCCAAAGAAGCUCUUGUGCGAUGGAGAGAGAGACUGUUUGGAUGGUACAGAUGAGCUUGGCUGCAAUCCUCUCACUGCUUCAGCUACAGAUUCUCCUGCUGUCACAUUUGCAUCAACAUGCAUCGCUCCAUCAGUUAUCUGUCCAGGUUCAUCUCUGUGCAUUUCUCAAAAUCAGCUGUGUGAUGGAAAAAACAACUGCCCUGAUGGAUUUGAUGAAAAUAAUUGUAUCCGCCGAUGUAAAAACCGUGGUGACUUCUUGUGCAGUGACAGGAGGGCCUGUGUCCCAAGGAAAGAAGUGUGUGAUGGUCGAUCCCACUGUCCUGAUGGCUCAGAUGAGAGAAACUGUAGAUCAGCUGAUCCAAUAGCUCCCUACUCCAGUGUGCUCAGUGCUGGAUCAGUGCCACUGAAGUGCCGCAAAGGAUCCAAGCCUUGUAAAGAUGGCCUGGAGUGUGUUCUUUACAGUCAUGUGUGUGAUGGAGAGAGAGACUGCAAAGAUGGAUCAGAUGAAGAGGGAUGUGCAGCCCAGUGCAAAGCAGAUGAGUUCAAGUGUGCUCAUGGGAGUAGAUGCAUUUCAAGUGACAAGGUGUGUGAUGGACAGAAUGACUGUCAGGACCGAUCAGAUGAAUUAGACUGUUCAACUCUGAUGGAAGGCUGCCAUCACCGCUGUGAUAACAACACCCGCUGUAUACCAGAGACCUUCUUGUGUGAUGGAGAAAGGGACUGUGCUGAUGGGUCAGAUGAGGAAAAAUGUGCUUUGGUGGCCUGUUCAAUUAACCAGUUUCGCUGUGCUAGUGGUCAGUGUGUGUUAGAGGCUAUGAGAUGUGAUGGUUAUCCUGACUGCCGUGAUCGUUCUGAUGAGGUUGAUUGCACCAGACCCCCACGCUGUCCAGUGCAGCUCCGAUGUCCAAACAGCCAUGAGUGCCUGCAGAAAGAGUGGCUCUGUGAUGGUGAGAAUGACUGCAAAGAUGGAUCAGAUGAGAAGAACUGCGUGCCAGCACCGGCCAAGUGCAGAGAGUACCAGUGGCAGUGUGGAGACAGCAGUCAGUGCAUCCCUCUGUCCUGGAGGUGUGACGGGAAGGUGGACUGUCAUAAUGGCAUGGAUGAGGACAAAUGCAGUCAGAAAAAAUGCCCCUCUCACCUUUACCAGUGUGGCAGCGGUGAGUGUUUGGACCCCCGUCUGGUAUGCAACAGCUACACCAACUGUGCUGACGGGUCAGAUGAAGGCCCAGGAUGUGCUAAACGCAACUGUUCCAGCUCAUCUGCUCCUCAGUGUGACCACUCCUGUGUCAGCACCCCAAAUGGACCGCGAUGUUACUGUGCUGCAGGUUUCGUACCACACUCUAGUGCUGUGUCCUGUGUGGACGUUGAUGAAUGUAAUCUAAUGCCCUAUGUGUGCAAACACACCUGCCUAAAUACCCGUGGGUCCUACAUCUGUCACUGCCAUCCCGGCUUCUACUUAGAGCCUGACAGCAAAAGUUGCAAGACCAAAGAUGAGCCUUUACUUCUGGCCUCAGUGCAGUCAGAGCUUUUACUUCAAGGAGUCCACAGUAGUACUUUGCGUCUACUCUCCUCUGCCAGUCGGCCAGUCUUCUCACUGGAUUAUCACUGGGCUCAACAGAGAGUUUACUGGCUUAGUCCAGACUACCAGAGCAUUCGCUGGGCUGACAUGACAAACCCCACCAACAACAAAGGGACACUAAUAAAGGGAGUGAAGUCUGAUUUUAUUGCGGUGGACUGGGUUGGCAAGAAUCUUUACUGGGUUGAUGGACUUGUGGGCCAGAUUCUGGCAGUGAAGCUCAGUGACGUCACAGUAAGGUCUCAGGAUUACACAGUUGUCCUGGGUGAAGAUCUGGAGCAGCCAAGCUCAUUGGUCCUGUUACCACAAAAAGGGUUGAUGCUUUGGUCUGAGAUUGGUAGCACCCCUCAGAUUGAGCGUUCCGGGAUGGACGGUUCCAGGAGGAAGGUGGUGGUGAGUCGAGGCUUGAGUUGGCCUGUCAGUCUGGCCUUUGACCUCCUCGACAGCAGGGUGUACUGGGCCGAUGAGAAGCUACGCUGCAUUGGCUCAGCUUCUCUUGAUGGAGACAAUGUUAAGAUCCUCCAGUUAGCUGAAACGCCAAGCCCUUUCUCUGUGGCAGUCUUCAAUGACAAAGUUUUCUGGUCCGACACAAAAAGAAGGACCAUCCGAUCAGCUGACAAGAAUACAGGCAAAGAUCAGAAGGUUCUCCUGAAAAGACCAGGGCAGCCAUUUGGACUGAAAGUUAUGCAUACCCUGUCCCAGCAAGCCAUAGCUAGCCCAUGUGACCAACUUCAAUGCUCCCACCUCUGCCUACUGGCUCCACCGAUGAGAGGCAGGUCUGGAGCAACAGUUGCAGAAGGGACGGGACCCACAGCAGUUUGUCGAUGCCCAAAAGGCAUGUUGCUUUCCAAGGACAAGAUAACCUGUUCUUUGCCUAUAGAUUCAACUUUCAUCCUGCUUUUAUCUCAUACCACUACCUACCAGAUUCAUCUGCGCUCCAUGCGUCGUGAUGGUGUUGCUUUGAAAAAGAUGCCUAAUGGCAGAGAUUUAGCAAUGCCAGGGAUACGGGAGGCCACCGGACUGGAUGUGUCCAUCCAGGAGCUUUCUCUUUUUGUGGCUGAUGCAGCACAAGGAUCUGUGGAUGUGCUGAAACUGAGCAGCUCCAGACUGACAUCCUCCGGACAAAUCCUUAAAUUGAAGGAUGAUUCAGUUACAGCAUUGGCAGUUGACUGGGUAACCUCAAACCUCUACUGGAGCAGCACUGAGAGGCCCAACCUCCAUGUGACCUCCCGCAAUGAAGGCUACACUACCUCACUGCUGCAGGGAUCACUUAAAGGUACGACAUCCAUUGCUCUACAUCCCCCCACAGGAAGACUUUGUUACACAGCAAUAGUUGUGGCAGUUGGAAAGAGCCAGACGGAGGUGAACUGCAUCUGGAUGGAUGGCCGGAACAAAGCAUUGCUAUGGAAGAAGUCAAGCAUCCCCACCUCUUUGGUUUUUUCAAAUCAAGGAACUAUGAUCUACUGGGCUGACACAGGUGAAGGUGUGAUCAGCUCCAUUGGAGUGGACGGAUCAGGAUAUAAACAGUAUAAAACAGGGCCGGGUCUGAUCAUUUCCUUCACAUACAUAGAAAACAUCCUUCUCUGGGUCACUCUUGACAAAGAUAUAACCAAACUGUGGUUUAGCGAUGGUCUCCAGCCUAACCAGCUGUGGUUUGAGACAAAGAUCAGUCUGGUGGAGGUCAAAGCCUACAGCAAUGACACCCAGUCAGGCUCCAACAAUUGCUCUGACAACAACGGUGGAUGUGAUCACCUGUGCCUGGCCUAUCCUGGAGGUCGGACAUGUAAAUGUGGGCGUGGCUUCUCUGCUGUCAAUGCCACUUCCUGUACCCUGCUCCCAGACUGCCCCUCUGGACAAGAGUCCUGUUUUGAUGGCAGCAAGUGUAUCAGCAAGAGCAAGUUCUGCGACGGACAUUUGGACUGUUCUGACGAGUCUGAUGAGCAGGACUGUCCGAACACAAACUCAGCCUCUUUUGGCACUAAUGGCCACCCUCUGAAGUCUUCCUCCUCACCUCACCAAAAUGCUGGAAAGAACUCUGUGCUUUCAGUGAAAGGCUCUGUGUCCUGUGAUGUGCAGCGCUGCAAUGGUCAUGGCAGCUGUGUUAUCAAAGACAAAAUCACUCAGUGCCAGUGUGAGGCCGGCUACAAGGGAGAGUUCUGUGAAGAGGCAGAGACCAGAAGGAGCAAAGCAGGUGUUGUUCUCGGUGUCCUCUGCCUCAUUGCUGCACUGCUGGCUGCAGCCUUUAUUUAUGCUAAAAGGAAAGGUUUCAAGUUCUUCAAAAGCAGAUCUAUUGAGAAGGAAACUCUGAUGGCAAACAUGGGCCUGCCUUGUGAACACUACGAUUCAGACUCUGAGGAGCUGGAAUCCCCAGUUGAUGUGAAGAACCCCCCACUGGCCUUAAAAUCACUGCAUUUAAAGUAGAAGCUUUGUAUUAUGGUGCUAAAUCAAACAUCUUAAGAAUAUUAAUUGUAAUAAAAAAGAAAAAACAA